ACAGGAAGUGGUGCACUCAGUCUUGUCAAGGCAAAGCUAUGCAAAGUCGGCAAGACGCGAAUUGAAGAGAGAGAAAAAAACUGAAGCCUGUCAGGCAUUUUAGUAUUAAAGACAUGUUUCGUGGAUGUAACUGGCCAUUAACACUCGACAAUGCACUGCCAACGUUAAGUAGAGCGUUGCUCAGCAAAGUGACUCUCCUUCACGAACAGUGUAAGGAACGACUUGUAACAAUGUCAAGCUAUAAGCUGCAUGUGGACGGCUCGAGACGACUGCAACCCACCGGCACGCCGACCCACGAAGUCUGCGGUGGGGCAGAACUAUUAGACGCGUCGGAGAGCAGGACCGAGCCCCAACAAGCUAGUAGGCAGCUGACAGCCGAGGAGAUGCUCAUCCACACAGUUCACAUAGAAGCGUGUCAGACAAAGAAGCAGGUGUAUGUUGACCCUUCCAGUGGGUACAAGGUGUUCACAGAGUAUGCCCACCUUCAACGAGGGAAGUGCUGUGGCAGUGCUUGCAGACAUUGUCCAUAUGGCCAAAUCAACGUGAAGGACCCUGCGAUGAAGAAAAUGUUUAAUUCUCAGUUUUAUGCAUAGGUCCAAUGUGCCAAGGUAACAGGUAGGCUACGCAAGAUAACAUUAAGAAUCUAGUGCCUUGCUUUGAACCAUUUUUAGCAGCAUACUGAAUGAUGAAAUUUGAGAAGUGACUGUGAAAUGCUUCUUGUACAUCUACAAUUUUUCAUUUUUCAAAUUUUAAUCAUGGGAAGAGGAAACGAUUGUUCUGUAUAAUCUUGUGAAAAAUACAAUUUCAUGGUAUUUUGUUUUGAAGCUUUUCUUGAAUGUCCAUUGGAAUGCAGUGAGUUUCAUUUCUCAUUCCUUUUUAUGAGUACUUAAUUUCUGGUGGUAUUUCACUUCUCUGAUGUAUUAACAAGGGUUGUGGGAGUAUAGGGGUCAAAACUGAAAGUGCAUUUUAGAUGUUUGCCCUCAAGAUAAAGGGCAUAUAAGAGAAGAUAACAGUCGGAUGUCAGAUAACAUCUUGUGCUCUUUUGCGUUGCAUCUUUUAUUAUUUAUUUUCUCCCAAAUGUACGGGUGCGUGAGUAUUAGCAUCAUUUGCAAUCCACAUCGGCUCGACUAAACUCGCUACCUUUGACUGAAAUACUGUGUUGUUAAAAACAGGCAAAUGCCAAGGGUCAGCCCUCUCACUUGGCUGUGCUGCUUUUACACCACUUGAUGGAAUCAGGCUGUUAACAAACACGCCACGGACAUCAACAGCGGCCCCACUAGACUUGCAGCCUCCUGGCAACACUUGGCUAAAGCGCAGUUCCCUGCGGCUGCUCUCCUGAGCUGCAGCCUAAUGAACUCUGGGGCCCUCCUUUCGCACUACUGCAGUAGAUCAACUUGUGUUCAAGAGCAUGCAUAAAGGCUUAUAAGAGCAGAACACCCUGUGGCUCCUAAUGGGCUAAAAUAGUAGAAAGGGUGCACUAAACACUGCACUUAGCAACCCACAGUUAUAGCAGUGCGAGGUAAGGCCAAGAGCUGGCUCUGCACCACUUGCAGAUAUGUUGAGGAAAGAUGUGAGGUUUGAUUCGUUAGUGCAUGUGGGAAGACAGUGCAAUGGCUUCAGGCUCUGAGCAUGUCACACACGCUUGCCUGACUCUGCCUGAUUGGGCAAGCAGAGGCAUGUGAGAGGAUGUGUCUGUCGCCGAAUUCUACAACUUUCACGGCCACUGUCCUCCUCGGCAGGUGGGUCCUAAAGGCAAGUGCUUUGGUGAUGGCAACACAGGCCUGUGAGCAGCUACAAGGAGAUUUGUGAUCCCAACAGUGCUGGGGAGGACAGGUUCUAGGGGACGCAUCAUCAGACAGGAUGAGAGGUGAAUUUAUAUUGUGUUAUUGUAAACUGAGGCAGUGAAGCGUGCGGCGGCAACAUUCUACAGCGGGAUGGUGAAGGUGUCACACCCAUCAAGUAGGUUACCUGGGUUCGCUUGCCUGCCGCUCCUCUGUGCCUCUUGCCUGGGGACUGAGCUGUCGCUUUCAAGUAGAUGCCUUGCCACUCAGGGCCUUGGCAGUCCUGCAGCCCAGACCAUGAAAUAGGCCAAAUUUCAAGUCUGCCUCAUCCCUCCAUAUCUUUACAAUCCAUUGAUGGCACGCUUUGGAAGGUUCUUGUUCAUCAUCCUGUUUUAGUGCUACAAACAACACAGUAAAGCCUCCCAGCCUGAUGGAAGUCAUCCCAUUCAUACUGAGGAUCUUUCCAUAAACCUCCAUUCGUUGAUCACAUCGACAAUAGAAGACCAUUGUACGGAGGGGAAAUGAUUACUGUACCUCUGACAAGGAAUUCGUUUUCAUCCCAAGAGAGAAAGCAAAAAUCUUUUUUUUUUAGGAGUUUCAUUCAACUUUUGGGAUGUUUUCUGCAUAUACAAAGAAAGAACCCAUUGCAUUUAGGUGAAGACCUGGAUAAAGUUGGAAGAUUUGUACUGGAAUUUAAUUUCCCUUUUCACCAUUUUCAGCACUGUAGGAUUUUCCUGAUGCACCAAAAUGUUAAUGUCCUGUUUGUCCAUGAAAUACCAUUGUUCGUGAAUUUAAAAGGAUACUGCUGUAGAACAAACAGAUCUGUAUUUUUUUCCCGCCAGUGUUUUAUUAAAGAAACUGAUUUUCUCUUUU